AUGGAUUCUAUAAAUAAUAUUAAUAUUGUUAGUUUCAUUAAAUUGAUUGGAGUAGAAAAUAAUGAAUAUAUGAUAAGUGAUACCAAUGGAACCUAUAAUGUUGGAGUUGAACAGAUGAGAACUCAUAAUGUUGAAUAUGAUUUUCAUGGAAAUAGAAAUAAAAAGGAUGAAUUGAGCUAA